UAUCAUGUGUUGUUUAGAUAAAAUUUUUCGUCAGAUUUACGUAGCACUGACCUUCGAGAUCCAAGACCGUCUAGGUAGGAUGGCGGCGGGCAGCUGCCAGCUGGACCUUCGUAGUCAUGGAAGGAAUACUUUUUAAAUGGACCAAUUACUGGAACGGAUGGCAACCAAGAUGGUUUGUAUUGGAUAAGGGUGUGUUGGCAUAUUACAAGUCGCAGGAGGAAGUUAACCAGGGCAGUAAAGGAUCAGUAAAGCUCUCAGCAUGUGAAAUCUUGGUUCAUCCUACUGACACAUUGAGAAUUGACAUUGUCAUUCCUUAUGAGCAGCGGUUUUACCUGAAGGCACCGUCAUCCCAUGAGCGUCACGCUUGGCUUGUGGCUCUUGGUAGUGCAAAAGCAGGAAUUCCUCCAGCAAUACCUCAGCCUAAAGUUGAAAAAGAGCCAGAGGCAGAUGUUGUGAAAGCAAAGAAGUCUGAACUUCGUCUGACAUGUGACCUUCUAAUGAAACAAGUGUACAAUGUCAAGACUGCAGCAAACAACCCAGAUGGACCUGAUCUAGAGAAAUUAGAUGAAUCGACAACAUUGUUGUCAGCAACCUGUGAUACCUUCAUCCAGACACUGGAGGAGUGUAUGAAGCUGUCCAACACUUCUCCAACCCCACAGCUCUCUGGAGAGACCCUGAUUGCCCCCAUCACUCUCCUAAAGGAAAGAAAAACCUCCAGCAGUUCCACACCAAUUGUGACAAGACAGAAUUCCACUGAAAGUAUUGAAGAGAUGAUGACCCUUAAGGCUGAAAAGGCCAAUAGUGGAAACCCAGCUGGACCAAUGGCAAGACUUUCCUUCCACAUCCAGUCAAUAUGAUGAGGAAAGAUGUAGCCUGAAGGGCUUCGCUCAUUCAGCGGCACAAAAAAAGAUACAUGGGGCUUUAUUACUAAGAAGGUAAAUGAGACACACCAGCAACAGAAGACGGGAAGACCCAAGGUCAUCAUUGCUGCAGAGCUGCAUUUCCCAUUGGCUAAAUAACUGAGGACUGAAUAAUUGACCAUGUGAAUGCCACCUUCAGGUAGAGUAUGAUCUUUUUGUACGGCCACAUUGUUUUGCAUUGUAACUUACUACUGAUUGAAGAAAAAUAUUUUGUUUGUCACCCAAUGCAAAUCAUAUUAAUGUAUGAUUACACAUAAUAUACUUUAAUGAUUAUAAAUAAAAUGUAAUGACUUAAAGAUCAAAUUCUCCAAAAAAAAUGUCUUAAUUACAGUAUAUAUUUACAAGAGAUGGAUCAAAUGAUAUAUAAUGUCUCUAGUGGUGAAGCCUUUAACUAGUCUUGGAAUACUUAGGGAAGGUUAAAUGUAGGUUGGCAUUUGUCUUGUGUAAUACCAUGGAAAGUAUCUGUGCAGUAUUUCAUAUGUAUGUAGUUUUAAAAUGUAUAUUUGUUUGAAUAUGUUUUAUAAAUCUUAAAUAUUUAUAUACUGAACUAUAUGUAUAAUUGUAUAUGAAACCAGGGAUAUGUAUAUUUUCUUCCAAGAGUCAUUACAAUAAAAUUAAGUAAGAAUGACUGUGCAGAUAGGAAAUGAUACAUAUGAAAUUUUCCAUAAAGAUCUGCAAA